GCCCAAUAGAGACCACACAAGACACGAUGGCGCCUCUACUCCCCCGGAUGCAUCUGUUUGAGAUCGAUGACCAGCCAUGGUUCCCACCGUGGCUUCGGUCAAAAGUCCAAGCAGCUCUGACAAUAGCUUGGACAACCCACAUUCCAUUCCUUCAAGCUCAAUCCCCCGCCCAAACUGUUGCCAACCUUCUCUCCGACACGCUCGGCCAAGCCGUAUUCGACCAUGUCUUCAUCGACUUCUGCGCCGGCGGCGGCGGUCCCACGCCCUCAAUCGAGCGCCAUCUAAACGCCACUCUCCCGCCCUCCUCCCAACAAAACGAAAAAGACGGAGUCCAAUUCAUCCUCACGGACCUCCACCCACACGUGCCCGACUGGAAGAAAGCCGCGGCCGAGAGUUCACACCUCAGCUACGUCGCGGACCCUGUCGACGCCGCCAACGCGCCCGCCGACCUGGUCGGUCAGUACAAGGACAAAGGCAAGAAGGUAUUCCGGCUCUUCAACCUGGCCUUCCACCACUUCGACGACCCACUGGCACGCGCCAUCCUUAAGAACACGGUCGAGACCAGUGACGGCUUCGGUAUCUUUGAGCUGCAGGACCGCACCCUGCUCGGUAUGCUCCCGCCCAUUCUCUUCGGCAUCGGCAUCAUGCUACUGGCGCCCUAUUACGCCCUCUGCGUCUGGCACGCGCCCUGGACGCUGGUGUUCACAUACCUGAUCCCCAUCCUCCCCUUUGUCUUGGUGGCCGACGGCAUCGUCAGCGCCCUGCGCACGCGCACCCCCGAGGAGGUGGCCCAUCUGCUGCGCACGUGCGGGGCCGAGGGCGGACCAGCCGAGAUCGAGAAGUGGGAGCUGAAGAGCGGAAAGAAGACAUUUAUGUGGCCGAUUGGUAGGGUCAACUGGAUCAUUGCUACGCGAAAGAGGUAAGACCCGCCGUUCGGUGCGUGGCCGUGCACUCACAAUGUCGUUUUGGUGGUAUGCGGCCAAAGUCAAAAGGUCAAAAUGCAUGCAUGUGGCUAGCAGGGGCUCGCCUGUGAAGGGAAUUGGACUAUUCAGUUGAGGUGGUUUCGUUUGGGGGAGGGCCGGAUCGGAUUCAUCCAUACACUGAGCCGCGUAACGUCACUAAACCGGUGACUCUGUCUGAGGAGCUUAUACCCCAUCUUUGAAGGGGGUUGGGAGUUUUGGAAGUUUCUCCGUCGUUGAUAUUGUUGUCGUCGCGAGAAAAAGUGAAACUCUUUGUCAUUUAGAUCCCUGGCAUGGAUCCGAACAAGCAAAGCUUUGUGGUUCUGUAAUUGUAUGGCCACUCGAGGGCCAGAGAUUGUCAGCGACCUGACCCACGAGUUUUACCUACCUACCCAUAACUCCACGGUAGCAUUGAGGAAGAUACAGGGCUUCCAUGUCGAUCGUCUGAGAGUGGCGGUUGCCUUUAAGACUACAGUUACUGAAGCGGCAGGGUCGUUGACACGAAGAGCACCAGUUUAAAUGGUCGAGAAGGGGGUGUGGGAAAACUCGAUAUGUCCAAGAAUGUACAAAAUCAUUUUAGGGCUAAGCAUCCGGGAUUUUAACAAGAGAUAAGCGAACUUACGUGAC